AUGGGGAUACAAAAAUCACCGCAAGAUGUCGAUCCUCGUCGUCCUAACAAGGAAGAUAUCGACGAACGCAAUAGAAGAGUGAAUGAGAAUUUGAAUGUAAGAAGUGCCCCGUUGGAGGGGUCAGACAAUGCUGGGAUCAAGAAACCUCCUCCGCCAGAAAAAGUCAGUAUUCGUGAAGAAACGACGUUUUCGUGGGAGAACGUUGGUCCUUGGGAAAGCAGAUCGGUCGAUGACAAGGCGAAAGCCUUGCAAAUUAUGAAGUCGAUUGAGAAUUAUGUUGUAGAUCACUUUUAUGGAGAUUGGUACUGGAAUUGUUCUUUAAUGAUUGGUACAUGUUUCUUCUGCUGGUUGAUAGCCAGGCUUGGAGGAGGUAUUUUAUCAUUAGGGUUCAUUUUGUUGUUUACAAAUUCUGUCUACAGGGCUGAAUUUAGAAGAUUCAAUAGAGACAUAAGAGAUGACAUGACUAGAAUUACUGCUAGCAAUAGGUUAGAAAAUGAAUUGGAAACUAUGGAAUGGUUAAAUUCGUUUUUGGAUAAGUUUUGGGUUAUUUAUAUGCCAGCAUUAUCAGAACAAGUUAUGUACCAAGCUAACGAAGUUUUGAAAGAUCAAGCACCUGGAUUUGGUAUUGAAGCCUUAUCGUUAGAUGAGUUCACUCUUGGUUCCAAAGCACCAAGAGUAGAUAGUAUCAAAUCGUAUACUAGAAAGGGUCAUGAUCAUAUUGAAAUGGACUGGGCAUUUUCAUUUGCGCCAAAUGAUACGGAUGAUAUGACUAAGAAUGAAAUUAAAAGAAAAAUUAACCCAAAGGUUGCUUUAGGUGUCAGAGUGGGUAAAGCAUUCAUCAGUAAAUCUUUACCAAUUUUAGUAGAAGACAUGUCGUUCAAGGGACGUAUGAAUAUUAAAUUGAAAUUGAACCAUAACUUUCCUCAUGUUAAAAUGGUUUCUGUUCAGUUCUUAGAAGCACCUGCCAUUGAUUAUGUAUUGAAGCCUGUUGGUGGUGAUACCUUUGGACUUGAUAUUAUGUCUCUUAUUCCUGGGUUGGCUUCUUUUGUUAACGGUUUGAUCCAUGCCAAUUUGAGACCUAUGUUAUAUGCUCCUAAUUCUUUGGAUAUUGAUGUUGAAGAAUUGUUGGCUCAACUGUCUUUAGGAGCAAUUGGUUGUCUUUCAAUUACUGUUAAGCGUUGCACUAACUUGAAGCCUCUUGAAAAAGCGAAGGAUCUUCAUCCUUAUGUACAAAUGACAGUAGCAUGUAACGCUGAUAUCGACGAGAGGACAAGUGUUAAGAAACUGAUUUCAUCUCCAGUAUUUUUGGAAACUAAGUAUUUAUUAUUGAACCAGUUAGAAAAUAAUUUCUUGAACUUUAACGUUUUCAAUUUGAUCGAGGAUGAACAAGAUGAUAAGUUAAUUGGUAAUGUUCAAAUUCCAUUGGCUGAUUUAUUGCAAAAAGAUACCUUUAAUGAUGUUACGAAGAAUAUCAUGGAGGGUGGUAAAGUUGUUGGUAAAAUUGAAUAUGAUCUUAAGUACUUCCCAAUCUUAGAACCAAUGGUGUUGGAAGACGGUACCAAGAAAGAGAUUAGUGAAUCAGAAGUUGGAAUCAUCAAAUUAACCUUACAUGAGGCUAAGGACUUGGAUAUCACUCAAUCAGUUGUUGGUAUAUUAAACCCAUAUGCUGAAAUGUAUAUCAACCACGAAUUGGUCAAGAGUUGUCGUAGGCUUAGACAGAGUAAUGAACCAUCAUGGGAUCAGACUAUCGAGUCUUUGAUUACGCAACAAUCUGAAACCACUGUUACAGUCCUUAUUAAAGAUUCUGUGGAAGAUGCAGUUGUCGGUCAAUUGGAAGCUAACUUGCAGGACUUGAUAUUUGAGAGUUCAAGAGGUCAAGAAUGGAUCCAAUGUGCCCCUGUUAGACCUGGUGCACCUCCAAGUAAGGUUAGAAUUACUGCCACCUGGAAGGCAUUAGGUAUGACUGACGAAAAUGUAGAUACUCAUUUCAAUGCUUCUAUUGGUGGUCUCAGAAUUCACUUGCGUUCAGCCACUGGUCUUAAGAAUUUAGAAGCUGUUGGAAAAGUUGAUCCUUAUGUUAGAAUUAUGAUGAACGGUAACAUCAGAGGUAAAACUCUUACGAUUGACGAUACGUUAGACCCAGCAUUUAACCAUGUUUGUUUUGUUCCUAUCGCCAAUGAUCAUCAACAUAUCUUACUAGAAGUUAUGGAUGAAGAAGCAGACCAGAAAGAUAGAAGUCUAGGCACUUGUGCAGUUCAUGUAAACGAAUUUUUGAAGAAAAAUGAUGAAGGGUAUUACUUGGGAUAUGAUGGUUCGAAUGAAAUUAUUGAGCAACCCAUCUUACUCAAUGGUCAACAUCAUGGUACCUUUUCGUACUCAGUAUCCUUUGUUCCAACUAUUCCUGUUUACACACUUUCUCAAAUAAAUAAUAAGGAUAAAUACUUAGAACAUUUGAAGAAGAAGGAAGCUGAUGAAGCCGAACAAAGAAGAAAAGACGAAAAGAAAUUCAAAGAACAUCCAGAUGAGUAUCAAUGGGUGGACGUUGACGAUGACGAAUUGCCAGAAGUUGAAAGAAUCCACAUGCCAUUGGAAAGAGCAAUUAAAUAUAGAACAGGUAAUAUCAACGUUUAUAUCGAAGGGGGCAAAUUCAAUAAACCAGAUUAUUAUGUUCAUGUUCUAUUUGAUGAUCAUGCUUAUCCAUCAGCUGUUACAACAAAGACUGAAGGUAGAAAGUUGGACGUUAAAACUAAAUGUGAAGCAUUUAUUAGAGAUUUGCCAAAUUCUAAGCUUAUCUUUAGGCUUGCUAAAAAGUUUGAAGUCGACAAGGAAAAGGAUAUUGUUCAUGAAAAAACCUUUGACACCCUUGAGAUUUUAAAGAAGGCGUAUGACAAUCCAAUUGAGUUGAAGAUUAACGAAAAGAAUACUAUUAGAGUUCAAUUAGAAUAUAUUCCAUCAGCUGUUAAGUUAGCACCAUUUGAUACUAUCUUAGAUGUUGGUAAAUUCAAAUUGGAUAUUUUAAGUGCCGAAGGCUUGAAAUCAGUUGAUUCAAACGGUAAAUCAGAUCCAUUCUUAUCUGUUAAACUUGAUGGUGUUGAAAUCUACAAGACUGAUAAGAAGAGAAAGACUUUAGAUCCAGUUUGGAAUGAAACGGUUGAUAUUCCAUUAAUGUCGAGAUCUAGACAAAUUGUUCUAUUGGAAGCUUAUGAUUGGGAUUUAACACAUAAGCCUGAUUUAUUAGGUAGAGUUAACUUAGAUAUGUCUACGAUAGAACCUUUGAAAUCUACCCAAUUUACUGUCAAUUUUGAUACUCAAGGUAUUUUGAACUUGAGGGGAACAUUUAGACCAGAGUAUCUCAGACCAACACUUGAUUCCGAAAGUGGAUUACCACUUGAUUUGAGCUCCGUUGCGAACGUACCUUUGAAAGCAGUUGGCGGUGGUGUUGGUUUAGCUGCUGAUGGUGUUGGUGCCGCAGCUAGUGGUGUUGGAGGGGUUGGUAAGGGUCUUGGUAAGGGUGUAGGUAAAGGUGGAGCCUUUAUCAAGGGAUUUGGUAGACUGAAAAAGAAGCACUCAUUGGAUGAAGAAGGUGGAGCGCAAACUGGUAAUGAAUUUGAUGAAACUGCUUCCCAUAUAAGUGGAAGAACAGGCCACACAGGUAUAACUGGUAGAAGUGGAGAGGGCCAAAGUCAAUCACAAGAGAGCGAAGAAGGUGCCGAACGUGAAGGAGAAGAACAAGGCGAAAGGGAAGAAGAAGAAGAAGAAGAAGAAGGAGCAGCUCGCCCAGGAGAGACAGGUGAUCCAAAGAAAGAUGAAAAGGCCGAUAAGAUGGCAGAAAACAUCAAGGUUGACGAACCUAAAGGCGAAGUCCAUGCUGCUCCUAAUAUCCAUGCCCAAUCACUCCCACCAUUACAAAAACCUAACUUUGGUUCUUCCGCAAUCUUCACCAAUGAGUCGGAUGCAAGCAGUGUUGUUAACAGCAUGAAUGCACCAGACACCUUACCUGGUAGAAUUGCUAUUGUGGGUGCAACCGGCUUCUCAAGUCCCGUUCUUGAAGUUAAGACUAUCUUAAAGACUGCUACCAAAGACAGAACUUUAUUCAGAACCCGUGGUGCCAAGUUGCACGAGGACGAAUACAGAUGGAACGAAUCUAUUCCUUUCAGAUCGGCUUCCUCCAAUGAGUUGAUUUUCCUUGUGAGGGAACCACACAAAUUCGGAAAGAAGGUUGAGUUGGCUUCAGCAAGACUUCCAUUGGCAGAAGCCUUGAACAGGACCGACGAUUUCGUUUUCCAAACUGGCCAAGGUACCUUGGUAGUAAAUAUCACCUAUCUUGACACUGGUAUUUAG